UCUACUUAGUGGCUCGGAGAGAGGACUGAGGCUCACAGCUUCUCAAUGAGGGGACGCAGCCAAGAGAAGACAGAGCAGUCAUUCCUCGGGAGCCUUCCGCUGCAUGCGUGACAAGGAGUGUGAGGCUGGCUGGGGAUGUACAAAAGAAGCUCCCAGUCAUCACAACAUAGGAGUUGCACUUAAGCAGAGCGAGGCAAGGGGUGAGGCAGAAGCAGAGGAAAAGAGAGCUCCACGUGCCAAGCUGAGACAGCAGGGACAUGAUGAGCCGACGCUUGCGUCAAGCAGUGGCUGACACAGACCUGAGGCUGCGCUGGGCUUUGUGACUCUUUGUGCUUCCGAGGAAUUCAGAAAAGGUGCGAUCCAGACUAGGGACUAUCCGGAAGAGAAAAGAACAGCCUUUUGUGUUGGGUCCGCUCAUCUGGAAUUUUAGGCAGGAAUCACAGGUUUUCACGGUAUGAAUGAAUUUACAGAGACGUGAGUCUGCUGAGGAAGCAGCCAUUCCAUCGGAGCCUUGGUCUUCCUCAACUUACCGCUCAGAAUGUCCUGGUUUUUGGCCAUGUGGGUCAACCUUAGCUUCUUGUUGUUGUGCCAGGCUACACUCUACCAGACCAUCCAGCAGCACCAUGUGGCCCGGCCUGGUCGCACUGACAUUCUCACCCUGGAGGGAGGCACGUGUGAGGUGAUUGCAGCCCAUCGAUGCUGCAACAAGAAUCGCAUAGAGGAACGCUCUCAGACCGUGAAGUGCUCCUGUUUACCAGGCAAAGUGGCAGGGACAACACGCAACAAACCCUCCUGUGUGGAUGAAUCCAUUGUAAUUGGGAAAUGGUGGUGUGAGAUGGAACCAUGUCUGGAGGGAGAAGAGUGCAAGACUCUGCCUGACAAUUCUGGAUGGAUGUGCUCCUCUGGGAAUAAAAUCAAGACCACAAGGAACACCCAGCCAUACUCCCCUUUUUAGCUUCUGGAAGCAAAAUGCAGAGGAAACGUCUACCGAAAUUGAGCUGCAUUCUUGCUUCUAUAAAGAUUCAUCCCAGGACCUAACAACGCGCUCCCAUUGCAGGACUUUGCCCCAGCCUUUUGCCCUCAUCUACCCUUUCUCUUCCUGACGAAUAGUGUAAACCUAUUACAUCCAAGGCUUGUGACUGGAUUAACUGGGACCACAGUAAGGAUAUCCACCUAGAUAAAACAGCUUUGUCCGUGUGGUGCCAAGGAUUUCAAACCGCACUAAUCCCCUGUUUGAUCAAGGAGCCCCAUGUUGGUGAAUCUCCUCUUCCACACAGCUGUGGCCAGCUCGCCAUCAACCCUCUCUCACUUCUUUCUCACUCUGUGUCUCUCAAAAAGUGAAGCAGCUCAGUCGGGGUCAUUUUGAGGUUGUUUGAACAUUAUAUGAAGACUUUCACUCUGUCUGUCUCAAAGGUAAAGAUGCUGAGAAGCUCACGCAGACUUCAGCAUGGAAUCGUCUUUGAGCACAAAGACGGGAAAUUACACUGAUUUCCUUUUCUGUCUUGUGUGGAUAGCUGCCUUUGUGUUUGACUUGCUUACAAGAUGGCUUUGUCGGGACUACUACUCACUACUAGUAAGAAGGAAUGAACAGCCUAUAAAGAGUUAAUCAACGUUUUCUUUUUUUAUGACUUGAAGGUCUCUCUUUAUGGUCUCACCUUUAUGGUCAAUAAUGAACAUUUCAUUUGAGUGCUUGACCUGGAAGAAAUGUACAUUCUGCAGCGCUAGUUUUCUUUGUAGGUAAGAACAUGUGUGUAUAUAUUUACAUACAUAUAUAAUAAUGUGAAUAAAAGACAUAAGACAGCAGAUCCAACAAACUGAAAGGUAUUUUGAAGACUAUUAGGAGCUUAACACCCACACAUUGUUUUUUCUCAUUGGAGUAAAAGUGCUAUUCAUACUUGUGGCGAGCUCUGCAGUGACGUAUACAGGAAAACUUUACUUGUAAUGGAAAAGGUACAAAGAUAACAGUAAACAUAACUGUAAUUGGUCAUUUUGCUGUGCAGUGUCAAGCCAGAACUCUCUGGCAAAGAUGGGGAAAACACUCUGGAGGAUUGGCAAACAUUGCAACACAAAAAUAAAUGAAAACCUGAAAAUUUUAUUGGAUCAUUAAUGUUUCUCUUGCUGCUGAAAGUGAUCAUAAGUAAUCUGUGAACAUUUUCUGUGUAGAUGUAUUUUCACACACCAGACUGUGACAAUUCAGGUGAAAAAUUCCCAAACCCAAAGAGGCGGUAUUGAUAACUGCAGCGAGAAAUACUGUUAUCCCCUGCUAGAGGUACAAGUACAUUACAGGAAAGCCUCUGGAGAAAUAAAAGUCGUUUUCUAUACUGAUUUGGACUCUGCACUUCCCUUCUUGUGGUGAUUGAUAUGUGAGGAAAAUGACUACUUGAUGUGUUGUAAUAUCUUGUCUUUUAUAUGAUGUAUUAACAUUGUGAAGAGAUG